UCCCACUUCCCUCUCGGAUUCAAAGCUCCAGGCUCCCACGGUUAACAUUCAGCCCUUGCUCCCCACCCGAUUUUCUCCUCAACCUUCCUCGAACUAACAUCCAAGUAAUUUAGGAAGUGAAAAGAAGAUAAUGGAUUCAGCUCAGAAUGCAUCUUCUGCUGCCGGAACUGGUGGAAGUGGUGGGAAUGGAUCAGUCAUCAAUGAUACUUCAGCAUCAACUACUGUGGAUGAUUCAAAGCAAAACUUGAACCAAGUAAUCAAUUCCAUACAGAAAACUUUGGGUAUCCUCCAUCAGCUCAACCUCACCGUUUCUAACUUCAAUGCUGCCUAUCAGCUGCCUCUUUUACAACGCCUUAAUUCUCUCGUUUUGGAGCUUGAUAACAUGGUUAAAUUAUCAGAGAAGUGCACCAUCCAGGUCCCUAUGGAGGUUGUUAACUUGAUUGAUGAUGGGAAGAAUCCAGAUGAAUUCACGAGGGAUGUCUUAAAUAGUUGCAUUGCAAAAAAUCAAAGUACAAAAGGCAAAACUGAUGCCUUCAAGGGCUUACGGAAGCAUCUUUUGGAGGAGCUUGAACAGACAUUUCCUGAUGAAGUUGAGUCUUAUAGAGAAAUUCGUGCUGCUUCUGCUGCCGAAUCAAAAAGGAUAGCGCAAUCACAAAGUAUGUUGCCAAACGGGGACAUGAAGGUUAAGAUGGAGAUUUAAGUGCUUUCUGCGUUGAUUAUCAGGGAAUUCGUUCUUAUUUUAUACCCAAUUAAGUUGAAAAGACCUUUUCAGGAUCGAUUUUUCUCGCUCGAAAUAGGUGAGGUGGGCUGUAUCUUGGUUUCUCUAGUGGGGAGCAACGUGGGAUUUGAUAGCGGCUAAUGAAGUUAUACUGCAAAAGCCACACACAAGAAAAAGAUUUAAUGGCCCUGGCCCUAUUCGUAUUCGUAUUCGUUUUCGUAUUCGUAUUGAUUGGGCCGAUCAAGGUGAAGAAGAAUCACAAUCCUCAAAUGUUGAACUUUUGAUUUUACUGGGCUCAACCCCUUCUGUUAGUUUGAUUCAAGUUUUAUUAUAUAUUUUUACUUGGUAUGUGAAUCUUUUCUUAACUGGAUUCUCACUUUUCUGUUAAUAAGCAUUGUAAAUUCGUGUACUAA